GUAUGCCAUGUAUCUUGGACGUUUCCCUUAGAUCCACGCUGUCGGUCUUUGAAUCUGAUUGCUUCCAGCACGUACAUGGCCCAGUCGGAUUUCUGGCGCUUGGCGCCGCGACCAGGUGUACGAGCACCCAGGAACGAUACUGAGCUGGCGCCCCAUUGUUUGGUACAGGGCUUGCGGAGGGCGCAGGCACCGGUGGUGGCGUACAUCGAGAUGAGAUACUUACCUCAAGUCCUGGACCUGCUCGACGCUUCCGGUUCCGACUCGCCGGGUCCGGUUGCGACGGCGCCCUUUGUGCUAGUGACGUCCGGCUCCGAUGCGCCCUUGACGCGAGCGCUGCAACGGAGGUUGUUGCGGCUCCCGGGCUUCCGGGCAUGUUACUCCACGAAUCUGCAUGCACCGCCUGAAGAGUUGAAGGAGCUUUUCCACCCAUUGCCUGUGGGCUUCUUGUCGGGCCGCCUGAAUGCGCACAAUGAGGCGUGCCUGGUGCUGGGCGGGAAGGAUACGCCAGGGGUGAACAAACCUAAGAUCGGACGCGGAAAGCUUGGCGGCAUAGUGCCGAGCCGAGGCGCUGCUGGCCGCGCGGCGCCGCGCCGCGCCGUGUUUCGCCCAGCGAGACGCGCGGCUGCUGCUGCCGUGGAUGCGCAGCUGGAAGCUGCGGCGGAGCUAUCGGAAUCUACUGGAGAUGAACUCCUUCAAAGACUUGGUACAUGUGGUGUGCCUUGGCACUGCUGUGGUCCCUUUCUGAAGCGGCACUGCGAAUUGUGCCAAAGCGGCAGCACCGCGUCCGCGAAGAUUUGCAGCUCAAGUCUGGUGGAAGAGAUGAGGAAAGCCUCAUCCAUGGAUGUAGGCUACCUGUCCAAGGCAUUGAGGGGCAACUUGUCUGAUCUUCCCACCAUGUGCAGCCAUGAGACGCAUGAGGAGCUUCUUCGCGACAUUUUGCAGAAGACACCGCGGUUGAACAAGGAGGAAGCCGUGAGGGCUUUGCGCAGCGCUUUCCCUGGUGCUGACAAGGCGGCGUCGAGUGCUUUCGCUGCUAGCAUGGUUGUUUGCGUGCAAAACAUCUUCGCCAAGCGGAAGUCCAUGACAAGUGGCAAGAAGUUGUCGCCGAGCUUGGUGCGUCUCAUCUCCUUGGCCGAUGAACUCUAUCCUGCGGAGCGCAGGGACCGAAUGGCAGAGGCCGCACCGGCUGCUUCCGCAGCAGCAGGCAGCAAGGCAGCAGCAUUGCCAGUUGCAGCCUCGAGCAGGCCAAGCAGGCAGCUGAAGAAGGUGGACAGUAUUGUGUCAGUGAGUUCUGCGGCCUCGUGCGGGGAGGCGAUGCGCAUUGCAACACCACCCCGGGAAGCCGUGGCGGCAUUGUAUCGCCCUGCUGCUGCGGAGCAUGUCUACUACACAGACGCAGGGCGUCAGACCAUGAUUCGCAUUGGGCACGAUGGGGCUCAGGAAGCAGCUCAGAGUUUGAGCAAGGGAUCCUCUGGCUUUGUCUUGGCUACUUUUGCUGAUGGUGAGCAAAGAGAGACUGAAUUGCCCAAUCUCAUUUUGGAGAAAAAAACGCCACCAGCACCAAAGAGAGGAGUGAAGAAGCGUCCAGCCGCGGCGCAGACCGUGACGGAAGCAGCCCCAGUGAACGCUACCCCGGCGAAUCCUGAGUCUGCGAAUUUUAGGCUUGAGUACCGUAGCAAAACUAAUGCCUAUUCCAUACGUAAGGCUUCGGUUGUUGAUGGCCGCUGUCAAAAGAGACAAAUAGUAGAAAUUGUAGGCAGAAACAGAAUUUCCAAAGAGGCCCUGAGCCAGAUUGCGACAGAGGUGCGCAAUCGUCUUGUGCAGGGUGAGUGUGAAGAGGCAGUGGCACACUGGGCCAAAACGGAAGUUUCGAAAUGA